ACACGUAAACACACAAACUGCUGCGUUCAGGGCUCAGGCCUCAUAUCAAAGAUGGACGAAGCUUCCAGCUCCAAAACAAUGAAUUCCUCAAUUUCAGAGAUGAGUACUCAGAGGAUGAUCAGCAUGCAGAGAGAUUUAACAGCAGCAGUGACCAACAUCCAAACUGCUGCUGAUGCCAGAGAGUCAACGAGAAGGAAGGAGCUGCAAGAAGCUCGCCAAAGGAGACUGGAGUUGCUGGAAGAUAAUGCGAGGUCCAGUCAGAAUAAAGCUGAGGAGAUUUUUGAAGCGUUGUCGUCAAUGAAGGAGAAGGUGAUCCCACAGGAGCUGCAGGAAGCUCUGAACACCCAGCAGAAUAUAUGCACUCUUGUAUUAGAAGACAAGGAUAAACUCAUAAACGACCUGCAAAAGGAGCUGAAGGUUUCAGACGAUCGCUUUGUGAAGGACUUGAGGAGAAUGGCAGAGGAGCUGGACCUGAUGAAGGAGAGGAUGGAGGACCAGAUCAAAACCCUGACCGAAGCCUACAGGGAGGAGAUGUCCGGGGUUGAGAGAUUUUGUCUGCAGGAAAUUGAAGUUUUAGUCACAAAAGACAAGUCUGAGUGGGAAAACCACAUGAAGGAACUCUGGGACCAAGAGCUUGAGAGGCUGGAGCAGAGGAAGGAGAAAGUGGGAGAGUAUGAAACCAAAAUUCACCAUCUGAUGUUGGACAAUAUGGACAAGGAGAGCAUCAUCAAGAUAGAGCAGGAUGCUAAUUUUCAGGCUCUGGAUGUAGAGAAUCAGAAGAUGAAGGCCUCCACCAUGCUCAUGAAUCUCCAACAAAUAAAGCAAAAGAAUAACGUAGAUGUACACAAUUUCAACCUGAGCCAGAUGUAUGAAAGGAUCAGCAGUCUGCAGAUGGAGAUAAAAAAACUGGUCACCAAGUUCUCGAAUCAGGCGAAGUACUUACGUGACACAAGCCAUCAUUUGAAAAAAGACUACAAGCGCAUCCUCGAGCAGCACGAACGAGUGCAGAAGAAAAUCAAACACUUUGCAGUCGCUGAUGCCGGGAGGUUUAAGGAGAUGUGGCGCAUGGUUGAAGCGGAGGUGACCCUACUAGUGGAAAAGGCUUUGGCCAUCGAUUCGGAGAUCUGUGUGAAGCAUCUGGGCCUAGCCUGGGAUCAACCUGUGUUGCCCUUCAGAGAGCUCCCCGGGUCCAUCCGGCCUAAGCAACAAACCAACACAGACCUGCACCCCCAGCUGGCUCAAACCCAGCAGGCCUUACAGUGCAGCGGGGGGGCGGAGGACACAUCGGACGGGGCGAGCUCGGAGGCUGAGACCACGGCCGGGGACCAGGAAGGGAGCGAUGCAGGGCUGGAGGAGGAGACGCUGGUGGCAGUGAGCCACCUGCUGUGUGAUGCAACGGGUCUGAUUCAGGAGAGUCUCCUGAUGCUGCUGAGUCCCCUGGAGGAGGACGUACAGAUGGCUAUGAAGUUGGGCUCCUCCCUCUAUGCCUUGGGCCUCGCUGAUAAGGAUUUCCCCAAGUUGGCUCAUUUCCUCUUAAAGUACAGACAGGAGCAGAGCGAGGAUGUUAGUGGUGAGCUGAGUGCUUCCAGUGACCAGGAGGAGGCGCUCAUCAUCAAUCCUAACCAAGUCCUGAUAGCUCUUAAAGGUUUCCUCCAGCAGCACAAGGGAUCCAGGGAGAACUCAGACCAAUCACAGUCCAGUGUUCUGCAAACAGAACUCAGGGACAGUUCAGCGGACAGAGUUUACUGGGAAAGUUUGAGCAACAUCAUCACUGAGGACAAAGUCAGACUCUGGGAGGCGGCAGAGGAGUCGCUACAGCAGCAUCUGGUGGUCCUCACGGAGAUUUCUGAGCUUGACAUUGAGAAAGAGAGUCUGGAGCAGGAGAACACGGAGCUGCGGCUGCUGCUGCAACAAUCCCUCAGCUUAUGAGUACGUGUGUGUUUUUGUUUUUUAGAUACACAAUGAGGGCAAAGAUUCACAACCUUCCAGCGUAACAGUAAAGAAGCCCAUAACAGCAGUGUAGUGUAAUGUAAUGUAGGUAACAGUGCAGUUUCCUGUCAUGACAGUAUGUUUUGAAGCUGACAGGAUUUCAUUAAUUGAUUAGCUGAUCAACAGAACAUCAAUCAUAAUAACAUCCAAACUGUUUAGGUCUGAUUUGAUGAUACAAGCUGAUUAAAUCUUCUGGUUUGUGACCAAAACAAACGAUAAGAAAACAUCAACUGAAAGCUAGGACCCUGUUAUCGUCAUUUUUAUAUAUUUAUAUUUCUUAUAUUAAAAGACCCAAUAAUUGAUUGAAAAAAUAAUCAACAGAUUGAAAGAUUUUAAAUAUCCUUUGAAGUAGACCUUUGAAGCAUCAUCCAUCUGAUUGCAUUGUAUUCUCUUGUAGGUCAGAAAUGCAGGUUCACCAGGAGUUUCUAUGAACAUGUGCAUGAACUCAUCAGUAUUUGUAAAAAGAGUAUGUUUAAAAUAAAGAAGAAAAAACUCCUAUUAAAUAUUGUUGUGCUUGCAGCCCUGGAGUAUAAAUUGUGUUGCAUAUAAGAAAUCCUGUGAGACAAAGCGAAUGAAUUAG